CCAUUGUCAUUUGGUAACACCGAGCUAGACGAGAAAGCCGCACCGCGGAUUUGCGGCGAUAUUUCGUGAGGAGGAACGCUGUUAGUGUACCCCGGUGGGAUAUAGCGUUGCUCACUAACAGUCGUCUGCAGAUCAUGAGCAACAGAACUGCAUGACAGAGAACACCAUGGCCAUGGACCGACGUACAUACAAGAGUUCACUCUUCUUCACAGCAAUUCUGUUUUCUAUACUCAUUUCGCCCGCGACUGCCGACCGCAGGUGCAACAAACCUUACAGAUACCUGGACUCGGACGGGAAGUGCAGAAGAUGCCCUAUUCAGGAGAGGUGCGAAAUCGGGUUCACCAUAAAGGAACAGUGCGGUAACGGCAAGCCGCUACAGUGUGUGGAGUGUCGUGAGGAGAAGGGCUUCACGUGUGUGGAGGGAGUCAGACAGUCCUGUAUCCUGUGUGACAGGCUGAACAGGGCGGAGAAACACCCCUGUACGGUCAGGAACCAGGCGGAGUGCGGAGAGUGCCUGCCAGGGUAUUACAAAGAUGACUGGUUGGAUAUGUGCCUUGAUUGUUCUGAAGACAGGAACAAUCGCCCGGAGUGCAGGAUCACUUCUACCACAAGGCCAGCAUCAGUCAAAACAUCAACAACACAGUCACUAAAUACAGCCAUAGGCCAUCGCAGAUUUGUACACCUAUUUGUUUUGCUUUGUACAGGAAAUGACCCAGUAAUAAAGACGGCAGCGAAGACAGAUCAUCGCGUUCUGGAGAGCACCUGGCCAUUGAUGCUGGUUCUAAUGUCAGUGUUCAUGGUCAUCCUGGUGGUUCUGAUCGCCAUGUAUGCCUACAAGUCGUUGGGCAGGCGUUGUGGGAGAAGAGAAAAAUCAGAAGAAGUAGCACCUCAUUCUAAGCAAGGGUCCCCGCUCAGGAUGAAGGCUCUGGCAGACAUGGCUGUAAUAGAAGAUGAGACUGACCCCCUGACCAGCACGACAACAAACAACACAAGAGACAAGAGGAAACCAUCGCUGAACACCCAGCUGUCUACAGGAUCGUUCCUCGUGGUGCCGGGCACACAGGAAGAGCUGCAGCUCCUCAUGGCUUCUGCAGCCAAUUCCGAGGCAAAUAGUGCAGUCAGCACACCCUCAAUUUCACCUAGAGCGCGAGGUCUCCACAAUCGGGGCCUCAGUAGUUCCAGCUCCACGACUACCAUGGAAGACACCGCGGGUCAGUCCGACGAUGUGUUCAGCGAUCAUGAGGAAUAUAGCUCUUUUCAAGGACUGCAGUUACGGCUAGAUGUGGAGGCAGCUUUCCCCACAUCUCUACAAUCUGCUCCGGUGAUCCAAAUCACUCCUCCCGGUCCUGGGGACAAAUCUACGAGAGACCGCUCCCCCGUACCCUCAACCAGCCGGGACUCGGGAAAGUUUGCUGGAACCCAAACUACAACUUUCUUCACCGCUGGUCGGCACGACUCCCUACAGAGCAACUCCUUGGAACCAACUGACGACAUCUCUGAUGUACCAGACCAACAGGUAGAUGAUGAACAUCAGCCUUUAACACAAACUCCCACUGUCGACGAGGGACAAGACACCAAAUAUAGAGAGAAGCUUGACACUGCCCUUAAGAAGGGGAAAGACAUAUCCCUGAAGGACGGUCUACAGAGUUAUGACGUUGUACAGCGCCUGGCACAGAUCCUGGACCAGGGCGGCGUGCUGCCCACAGACCCUGACUACCAGAACGUGUUCCAGGCACUGGGUGUGCCCAGGGACAAGAUUGACAGCUGUCACAAAAACAAGACUGUCACCAGCCCCACGCUGUCGCUCCUGCAGUAUCUAGAGAGCUACACCCACAGGUACGAGAAGAACAUGUCAGAUCUGAUAGCUGUACUCCACAGGUACGAAUCUUACGAAGCUGUGAUGUACUUGUGUACUCAAGUCAUGAAUUUCAAGCCUGAAACAGGCAACUUGCCUAAUGUGGAAUGUGAGAGCUGGUCACAUAGAGCCAGAGACCUUCACGUCAUCCACCCACAACGGAACGAAGGGGCAGCUUACCCUACAUCGCAAACAUUAUAUUGCCGUCGGCGAUUUCCAACUGAUCCUACAGUCAUCACAUCCUUGAGGAUGGCAAAUCAUACAAAACACAUCCUGGCAGUAACAAUGGGGCUCAUAUUCGUGGCAUCCCUGGUACAUGGACAGCGCUUACGCAAUGGGAAAAGGUCGGAUAUUAGCUGCGGGGCGAACUACUACGUAGCCAGGACCAGUUCGGGAUAUCUGGCGUGUGUUCGAUGUCCUAGGAGUUGCGAUCCUGGAACUACAAUUGAGACCCAGUGCGGGUUCGGAGUACCACAGACUUGCCGUCCGUGUGAACUCACCCCUGGGAGGACGUGUGCCUCCGGCGUGGAGAGGUCGUGCGUUCUGUGCGAUGUUUACGGACGUACUGUGGACGUGGAGUGUAACAUCUACAACCAGACAACUUGUGGCGAUUGUAAAGAGGGUUAUUACGAAAAUUUGGAUGACGCCAAAAUCGGCAACACCCGCUACUGCCGAAAGUGCACACCAGCCGACUCCUGGCGACAACAAUGCCAACUGCAGCCCACCUCAAAUGAGCAAAUGAACACGACUGAAGUACCAACACCUGAGCGAGUGAUUACGACCCCAUCCGUAACCCCAGCUAAACCAAUUGAAACAUCUGAGCAAAUGAACAUAACGUAUCCUACCGCCGUCCCUCCAGCUGAGGCGGUAAUCUUGAGGCUAGGUCAAGCGACUAAUCCAACCGAAGAAGCGGAAGAUAACUCAGUUGGAUGGGGAGUCAUUGGUGCUGGGUUUGCUACAACAUUUCUGAUCGUCCUCCUAUUUGCCUACUUCGUGUACCGGUACCGUUCUUAUGAUGGACAGAGGAAGACAACGGACAUAGAGAUGACAACUCUUUCGAAAGUUGUGGACGUAACAGAGCAAGAUGUGGUGGACAAGUCUGCGUCACUUUUCCAGUGCAACCCUGUUUGUGCGGAUAUGUCUCCGAACUACCGGGAUCUUCCCGCAGGCAGUUGUGGUCACGGUGUGGUCCAUGUCCCCCACGGCGAGGUGCACGUCCCCCGUGUUACCGACUACGACAGGAUGUUAGCGCUGGGGAAGGAUGUUGGGAAAGACAUGUUCAUAGAGGACCAUCUAACCAUCGACAUGCAGCAGACAAUAGCCGCACGAAUCAACCAGCGACCAGCGACCUCCGGGCGUCCUGACUACAGGAACUUCUUCAUCGACCUGGGGGUUGACAAAGACACCGUCGCGGCGGCCAACGCCCCGGGGAUAGAGGAUCCCUCCGAACGGCUGUUCCGUGUUCUGUUGGCAGAAUCGCCUGCCAAAGAAAUCAAGAUGGCGGACAUCCUCACGACCUUGAACAAGUACAAGUUCUAUGGCCUUGUCAAGGACAUUUGCAAGCAGAUUACUGACGACAAUGCCACAGAACCAAAAUGAGUUAUCACACUCAAACAUUGCAGGCCAUCGCGAGCAAGAAACAAUUUCUACAGGCUCUCGUUCUUCCC